AUGGCUUCUAACUCGAUAACAACAAAUCCGACCUCACAAACCGUCGCAUCUUUACUUCCAAAGCUUCAUGAUGCGGACCCUGAUUAUAGAUUCAUGUCACUGAAUGAUCUUUUCCAAGUCUUGACGAUUGGAAAGGCGGAUCUCCUUCACAAUGACUAUAGUACAGCUGCAAAGACGGUAGAUGGCAUUAUCAGAACCCUGGAUGAUCAAAAUGGGGAGGUACAAAAUUUGGCCAUUAAAUGUCUUGGACCGCUCGUCACAAAGUUACCGAGCAACAUAAUUGCUCCGCUAAUAGAGAGACUUUCGACAUUGACAACUGAAAAUUCCGUUGACAACUCAAUACCUGCAAUGGCUCUACGAACAGUGGUCAUCACUCUCCCAAGGCCCGUCAGUGGUGUUGCGCCGUCCAAAGAAGUCCUCGAAGCAUAUUCGGCGAUUAGCAGAGUUUUGAUACCAAGACUAGUAGGUCGUAUAGUCACUUCAACAUCUACCAGGGGCCAAAAUCUUCCCAAUCCUCCACCAGGAAUGCUCGACCCUUCCACAAACUCAGAAAUCGACUCUGACGCUGUUGAUGUUUUGAUUGAAGUCGCAAGAUGCUUCGGCCCUCUUCUACAACAUGCAGAAGUUGAAGCACUUCAAAACUUGGUCGUCAAUAUCUUAGAAACCGAAAAGGCUAGUUCUGUUGUCAAAAAGCGGGCUGUAGUCGCUGUGUCUCUACUAGCUAUGCACUUGACGGAUUCCGACCUCAGUGGCUUUGUAUCUCACAUCAUCGAGUCUCUUCGUAACCCACACUUGACCCCGGUACAAAGACGUCUGUACAUUACCAUUCUAGGAUCAAUGGCAAGAUCAAUACCCGCUAGGUUCGGUCCUUAUUUGAAGACCCUUGCACCCUUUGUACUUUCUGCAUUGAGCGAACAAGAACUACAGGAUCAGCUUGAAAAUGCCGCCGAGGAUGGCGAAAGUAAUCCUGAAAUAGAUGAUGUGAGGGAAUCUGCACUCGUUGCACUGGACGGCUUUCUGGCUUCUUGUGGUACGGAAAUGCGAAUUCACACAGAGGAAACAAUUGCGGCAGCUCUUAGAUUCUUAAAGUAUGAUCCGAAUUAUAACGACGAUGAUGACGAGGAAAUGGGAGGAACUGAAGCCGAUGAAGACGAUAUGGGUGAUUUCGACGACGAUGAUGAUUUUGAGGCAGACAAUGGAUUUGAUGAUGACGAUGAUGAUGCAAGCUGGAAAGUUCGAAGAUGUGCUGCAAAAACUCUCUACACAUUGAUCUCAACUAGAGGCAGUGGUGAUCUACUUGAAGAUGGAACUCUAUAUGCUCAAGUUGCUCCAACCCUUAUUCAGAGGUUCAAUGAACGUGAAGAGAAUGUUCGACUUGAAGUUAUUGCUACCAUGGCAUCUCUUAUUGGGAGAACUGGGGAAGGCGUGGUAGUCGAAUUUUCGCCGGAUGAGUCGUUGGCUUAUGCAAAUCAAGCACCCCAGAGUCGAAAACGCAGAAGAGAGAGUGGUGGUUCGGCUACUUUUGAUACUAAAUCGUUCAUCUCGAGAUCUGCUGGUUUGACAUCACCAACCAUUGAGCCGAUUCCUGUGUCAGGCCCACGUGCAGACCUGGCAAAAUUGACUCCUAUGAUUGUAAAGGCUGUCGUGAGACUACUGAAGACAAGCCCCAUUCCAACGAAGCAAGCUCUCAUAAAUCUCUUGGAUAAGAUGGUUUCGGUUCAGGUUGGGGGUCUUUCAGAACACUUCAGUCAGCUUGUGGAUCCUAUCUUGGAUUGUUAUAAGCCAUCAUCUGGACCAUCAUCUACUACCGCCACUAGUGGUGGUGCUGCAUCAGCGACUGCAAAUACUUUGCGAAUUGCUGCUCUCAAAUUAUUAGGCGACAUUUCACAAACCCAUUCUUCAAGUGUGUUACAGCCUCACCUCCCCAAAAUUAUUCCAUGCGUAGCGUCAGCUGUACAUCAUAAAUUUUACAAGAUAUCUAGUGAGGCUAUUGGUACAGCUGAGCAGCUUGUAAAGGCUUUGACCCCGCCACGUUCGAAGUCGAUUAAACCAACCCAACAAGAGGAUGUUCUGAAAUUAUACCAGGUGAUAGUUGACCGUGUAUCUGCUACUGAUGCAGAUGUCGAAGUCCGUCAACGUGCUAUACAUGCCCUAGGUAUCAUGCUUGCUCGUACAGCAAGUCCGGAAGGUUCAUCGCUUCUCACAGAAACCAACCGAAGUGAUGCUCUCAGUAUACUCAGUGACAGACUAAAAAACGAAACUACUCGCCUUGCUGCUGUAAGAGCUAUCGAUACUAUUGCGGUUGGUUCACUUGAGGUUAGUUCAGCCGCUAAAGACCAACUGCAGCCUUCGUGGAUCCGAGAUGUAUCCCUAGAGCUUGCUGCACAACUCCGAAAGGCCAACAGAUCUCUGCGUGGUGCGAGUCUUGGCGCCCUGAAGAAUCUCAUCGUAUCUCCCGCCGCUAGAAGCUCCCUCGACGCUCCCACUAUUCAAGGCCUUAUCGAUGCGCUUCUUCCACUCUUGACCACAGUUGAUCUUCAUCUUCUAGGCCCAGCACUACUAGUACUGGCUACUCUGGUCACGGAUGAUGCAAAGCUUGUUGUUACUGAUCAGCUAAAUUCUGCUCUGUGCGGGUUAUUGACCUCAACUUUAGGUGGCGCUGUACUUGAUGCCGUCCUUCUUUUGGUCGCUAAUAUCGGCAAACAGGGAGUUGGCCAAUCUUUGAUGUCUGGUUUGUUGAGGGAUGUAAGUACUAGUGGAGACUCCACGGUUGUGGGAAAAGCCAUCGGUACACUUUUGGUAUUCGGAGGAUCUUCAGUUGGUGUCACACUCGACAACUUCUUAAGCGAACUACAAAACUCUUCUUCGGAUGAAGCGAAACAAUGCCUAGCCCUGGCUGUACUCGGAGAAGCUGGAUUACAAUUGGGUGAAAAGUCUCCUUUAAAGCCAUCGACCUUCACAGCUCGCUUUAGAUCUUCUUAUGACAAAGUUCCUCUUGCUGCAGCGACCGCAUUGGGACGUGCUGGAGCUGGAAACAUACCUUUGUAUCUUCCAGAAAUAUUGAAUAUGAUCAAGGAUGGAAACGAAUUCUUACUUCUACAUUCAAUCAAGGAGAUACUUCAGCAAGCCGGCAGCAACCCCACUGCCAUCACCAAGCAUACUACUAUUCUUUGGGAAAGAUUGCUUGCUGCUUCCCAAGCUGAGGACAAUAAAGCUGUUGGUGCAGAGUGUAUUGGUCGUCUGACAAUGAUUGACCCCAAGGCAUUCAUGCCACAACUAAAGGGCUACCUCACAAGCCCAUCUGCUUCGAUCCGGGCUAUGGUUAUCCAAGCGAUCCGUUAUACUCUAUCCGAUAGUGAUGACUCGCUCGACUCAGUAUUGAAAGUUAUGCUGAUUGAUAUGCUCAAGGUCAUGCUGACUGAUACCGAGUUGGAGAACCGUCGAUUGGCACUAACUACAUUGAACGCUGCUGCUCACAAUAAAGCAGAUCUCAUUAACCCAAACCUUAACCAGUUACUUCCUCUUGUUAUGAGUGAAUCGAUUGUCAAGGAAGAGUUGAUUCACGAGGUAAUGAUGGGACCAUUUAAACAUAAGGUUGAUGAUGGUCUAGAAGUCCGAAAGAGUGCAUACGAGACUUUAUAUGCUCUUAUGGAGACGGCAUUCUCACGUAUGAAUAUUCUUGACUUUUAUGAUCGUAUCAUCGCGGGUUUGAAGGAUGAGCACGAUAUUCGAUCUCUUUGCAACCUCAUGUUGAACAAGUUGGUUAUCCUCGAUCCUGAUGAGACAUCUCGACGCCUUGACGCAAUUGCAGAUUGCUUCCGCGUUACUCUAUCGGUUAAAUUAAAGGAGACAGCGGUCAAACAAGAAGUUGAGAAGCAAGAUGAGGCAGUCAAGAGCACCCUCCGCUCAACACUAAACCUUCAUGCUCGCAUCCCAUCAGCAAGCACAGGGAUGGGGGCGCAAGGCAGCCAACACCAGACGUGGAGAACCUAUUUUGAAUGGGUAGAGAAGGAUUUUGAAGGGCAGUUGAAGUCCUUGAGGGAAGAGAAGAAAGAUACCAUUGUUUAA